GGAGAGAGGAGAAUAUAUGUGGGUGAACAAAUGGGAAUCAGCUGUGUGUGUCUGAGUGAGUGAGCGGAUGCAAAACAGGUGUACCGAGUGAACCAGGUGUGUAAAUGAAAGUGUGAGUGGGUGAAGGUGAUGAGUCCGGGAGAAUGGAAGUGGUGCCCUCUGUUGUUGAGAGGAAGGACCACCGAGUCCGGACUCAUGACAUCAUCAAACAGGAACAAGAUGUUUAAAUUUCCCAAUGGAAGAUCUUCAGAGAGCUCAAACAUCUUUAUAUCAUGGUUUACCUCUUUAGCUUUAUCAAUGGACUCCAGGAACUCUUCCUUCAUAUCAGUGAGAUACUUGAUACAGUAAAUUAUGUUCUUUUCAAAUAAUAUUACAUCAAAGGACUGGAUUCCUGACGACUAUAGUACUAAACAUAAUUUCACAGUCAACAGGCUAUACAGUUAAUAAAGGUGCUUGAAAUUGACUGGACAAGGGACAUUUCACUGUUUGUGUCAUUAACCAGUCUGAAUUUAAGUGGCUGGGAAAUUAUAAUAGCAGAAAUAAUAACCUUCAUCAGAACGGCCUCAGAGGAUCCAAACAGCAGCUGUGUUUCCAGAGCUCGUUCUCUCAGCAGACGCUCCAGCUUUGGGAAGCCUCCCAGACACAGAGAGCUUAUACAGCCAGAGGUUUCACCAGUGUACACUCUGUAGAAAACCAUGGACCCCAUCAACGAUUCACCAUGGGCCUCACAGUUCUUUCAGGAUCUUCUUCCGUCUGCGGAGCGAACGGCUCUUCUCUAUCAUCUCUCUUAUCUGUGUCUGGGAGGUUUCCCAAAGCUGGAGGAUCUGAUCAGAGGACAAGCUCUUGAAACACAGCAGCUGUUUGGAUCCUCUGAAUCUCUUAUGAUGAAGUGUGUCGUCAUGUGUUCCAACCUGGACUCCUCUCUGUUCCCGAUACUGACGAAAGUCACUGAAAAGAACAAACCCCUUUUGAUUUUGGUGUACCUGGAGAAAGUCAGAACAUGGAUUCAUGACAUCAUUAGAGCCGUGGGUGACAUGGUGAAGAGGUAUGAACAACACAGCCAAAGUGUGAGGAUCUGCUUGUCUGCUGUGAUUCAGGAGGAGUUAAACUGUUCCAGAACACAGCCGGGUGUGAUUCCCAGUCCUGUCCAUCUGAAGGACGUCCAGCAGUGUCUUACUCGAAUCCAGCAGAUUCUGCUUCAGCUUAAAUUGUUCUGGGAGAGAGUGGGAGAUAGUCUGUACACAAUGAAAAACAAGACUUUUGUUGGAGAGGAUCUCAUUGAAGACCUGGAUGACCUGAAGGAGGAGUUUCUGACCGCCAUUGAAGCUACAAGAAAGUACUGGAAUAACUUUGGUGGAUGCUGUCGAAGUGCACAAGGUGUUUUCAGCAUUCAGUCUAAGGAUGCGUAUAAGUUCCUGGAGAUCAAUCCUUCUUCACUCUCAGAGGAUGAACGGAAGAUGCUGUACGAGUCUGUCAUGGAGAAGCUGAAUCAGAUCACUCCGCAGUAUUCAUCCACAGAGUGAAACACAGAGAUCUGACGCUUCCUCUCACACAUGGAAAUUAUUCUUAUAAUGCAUGCACAUAUUAAUGCACACAGCUUCUAUUGUCAUUUUUGUAAUGCAUCUAUACAACUCAUCUUAUCCAAGUUCAUUUACAAUACCAUUAUUUCUAUUUCUGAAUUGUGCUGUAUCUCUUGUUAGAUUGCUUUGCAUUUCAUUACGGUGUAUCAUAUAAUCAUGUAAUCUGGUCACAUGACUAAUGUCACGCAAUAAAAAUAUAUUACUGCACUAAUUA